AUGGAGCGGUUGACUGUAGUAGAUGUGAGUGAUAAGCCAACAGUCUUGGAAGGAGAUUGGCAGUCAAACCUCAAGAUUGAUUGGGCUUCUCUGUUCAAAGUCGAUAGUGAAGUUUUUGAUGGACCUGAGAAGUUUCCUCAGUUGUUUGCAAAGGGAGUAGAUACUUUGCAAGGCUAUCAAGCCAAGAAAACUUUGUCUUCAGGGGCCAAGCCACGGUUCCAUAGGCCACGCCCAGUGCCUUAUGCCUUACAACAGAAGGUAGAGGGGGAGCUUAAUCGACUUCAGGAAGAGGGCAUUAUACAGCCAGUGGAAAACAGUGAGUGGGCAGCCCCUAUUGUCAUGGUGAGAAAGGCUGAUAAUUCUAUCAGAAUUUGUGGCGAUUACAAGGUAACAAUUAACCCCUACUUGGAGAUGGACAAUUAUCCAAUGCCGAAUGCACAGGACUUGUUUGCAUCGUUAGAAGGAGGACGGUUCUUUACACGUCUGGAUAUGAAACAAGCUUACAUGCAGAUGCGAGUGGAUGCAAGCAGCAAAGGUAUUUGA